ACAAAGUUACGCAGUUGAGCGCACAUGUAUAUAGCUUCGACACACAAUGUUUUUUAGAAUCUUGAAGAGGCACAUCUGAUUUAGUUGUUGUUGAGUGUGUAUAUUUUAUUUAUUGUCUUCUGUUGGCACGUUGAAGUUUCUGCAAUAGAAUAGAGCUAUCACGUUUACUAUUUUCGUCGGAAAACAUUCUUAACCUACAAAUUAAUUUAAUUUGAGAUUUGGCGGCUCCUACAUAAAGGAGAAUUAUUCUUUGAUUGCCAUUAUGCGUUAUUUCAAUUCAGAAAAGUUAUAUCAACUGCAGAAAAAUCUGAGUCAAGUUCGUAACAUAUGUAUUCUUGCCCAUGUCGAUCAUGGAAAGACAACUUUGGCAGACUCGUUAGUAGCCACAAAUGGUGUUAUAUCGCCAAAAAUGGCCGGGAAACUACGGUACAUGGAUAGUAGGAAAGAUGAACAAGAACGAGGAAUAACCAUGAAGAGUAGUUCAAUUGCAUUGAUGCACAGCCGAGAGGAACAGGACUAUUUAAUUAAUAUGAUUGACUCGCCGGGGCACGUCGACUUUUCCUCGGAGGUUUCAACUGCUGUAAGACUUUGUGAUGGUGCGAUUGUUGUGGUGGAUGUAGUAGAGGGUGUUUGCCCACAAACUAAAGUAGCAUUAAGACAAGCAUGGCUGGAAAAUAUACAGCCGGUUUUGGUUCUUAACAAGAUAGAUCGCUUGAUACUAGAAUUGAAACUGUCUCCUAUCGAUGCGUACGUUCACCUUGCUCAGGUGCUAGAACAGAUCAACGCAGUCAUGGGAGAGCUGUUCAUGACUGAAGUGAUGGGAAAAACUGAAGCUGCCACAACAAAAACAUCAACUGCAAGUGUAAAUGGUGAAAAUAAUGUAUAUGACUGGAGUACAGGCCUAGAAGAUGAAGACGAUUCUAACCUUUAUUUUGCACCUGAGCGUGGUAACGUAAUAUUUGCAAGUGCAAUUGAUGGUUGGGGGUUUCGGGUCGAAGAUUUUGCCAAAAUUUUUGCAGUUAAGUUAGGCGUAAGUGAAUCUGUUUUAAAAAAGACGUUGUGGGGUGACUUUUAUUUGCAAUCAAAGACUAAAAGAAUCUUGAAAGGUGCUACAGGGAAGGCUAAAAAACCAUUAUUUGUGCAGUUUGUUUUAGAAAAUUUGUGGGAUGUGUACGAAACCAUUGUAGUAAGGAAAGACAAAGUUAAACUACUAAAAAUUGUUGCGAGUUUGAAUAUAACACUGACUGCACGAGACCUGAGGCACACAGAUGGGAAAGUUCAGUUACAAGCAGUGUGUUCCCAGUGGUUGCCUCUAGCCAAAAAUGUGUUGGACAUGGUUUGCACACAGCUGCCGUCCCCAAACCAGCUGACAAAGGAAAGAGCAGAGAAACUCAUGUGCUCAGCAGCUUUGAGGUUCGACAGUCUGCCCAGCGAGUCGCAGGCACUGAGGUCAGCUUUUGUGGAGUGUUCCUGCUCGGAUGAAGCACCUCUCAUCGUGUUCAUUUCCAAGAUGAUUCCAGUGGAGCGCAAAUUAUUGCCAGAAAACCGACCUCAGCCGUUGACCGAGGAAGUCAUCAAGGAGCGUAGAGAGGCUGCCAGGCGCAGGCAUGCUGAGAAGCUAGAACAACCUCUCACAAUGACAGACGCUCCAGCUCCAGAAGUGAAUGGAGUUACUGCAAAACAAACAGAGUCCAAUGUAAAUUCCAAAGAGAAAAUUUUGGCAGAAGAUAACGAAAAUGUUUUCAUAGCAUUUGCUCGAGUGUUCAGUGGUACCAUCAAGAAGGGACAGGAUUUGUACGUGUUGGGCCCAAAACAUAAUCCUCAGGUAGCUUUGGAACGAUUGCAAGCCGGUUUUGAAAUCGACGAGAAAGCGACCUUGAAAGAUUUAACCGCAGGGCAUUACAUCACAAGAACUACAAUUUCUCAUUUGUACUUGCUGAUGGGCAGAGACUUGGAGCUGUUGGAAGAGGUUCCGGCGGGGAACAUCGUUGGUAUCGGUGGGCUGGAGGAUCACGUGCUGAAGACCGCGACGUUAUCGUCGAACGUUGCGUGCCCACCCUUCACGGAACUCAUGCUGAUGGCAGUGCCGAUCCUGCGGGUGUCCGUGGAGCCGGUGCACCCCGCGGACAUGCCGGCCCUGAAGCUGGGGCUCCGCCUGCUGAACCAGGCGGACGCCUGCGUGCAGGUGGUCCUCCAGGAGACGGGAGAGCUGGUUCUCGUCACCGCCGGCGAGGUGCACUUGCAGCGGUGCCUCGACGACCUGAGGGAGAGGUACGCCAAGGUCGACAUCAACGUGUCCGAGCCCAUCGUGCCCUUCAGGGAGACCGUGGUGCCCCCACCCACCGUUGACAUGGUCAACGAAGCCAUCCAGGAUCAAGCUUCGUCCAAGAAAACCGACUGUGGCGACGAAGACGACGGUAGUGUAUCGGAACACGGGGUGGUAUCGGUGUGGACUUCCAACAGGCAGUCCGUCAUCAGGAUUCGUGCUGCUCCUUUACCGGCGGCAGUCACAACCAUUUUGGAGAAAAACAGCUCUCUUCUUAAAGUCGUGGACAAGUAUUGCAGAACAAAGAGUGUUGAAACUGAACAUUCGGGUGAUUCAGAAACGUCUAAAGAGAGCAUCAGCCUGACCGACCGGACGUUACAGGCCAUCGAGGAGAUGAAGACGGAGCUGGCCGCAGCGUUCGAGGAGGGCGGCGCGGAAUGGGAGGGUGCCCUGGACCAGAUGUGGAGCGUGGGGCCGAGGCGCUGCGGUCCGAACGUCCUGCUGAACCGAGUGGCGGGGUACGGGCGGCCGCCCAUGUGGGAGCCGGUGCGCGCGGUGGAGAGCGCGCUGUACCAGUACGACAGCAGCUUCGUGAACGGCUUCCAGCUGGCGGCGCUGGCGGGCCCGCUGUGCGAGGAGCCCAUGAUGGGCGUGUGCUUCGUGGUGGAGGGCUGGACGCUGGCGCAGGGGGGCGCGGAGGAGGGCCAGCAGCCGUUCGGGCCGCUGUCGGGGCAGAUCAUGUCGGCGGUGAAGGAGGGGUGUCGCCGGGCCUUCCAGGCUCAGCCGCAGCGCCUGAUGCUGGCCAUGUACAGCUGCCACGUGCAGGUGAACGCGGACGUGCUGGGACGCAUGUACGCCGUGCUGGGGCGGCGGCACGGGCGCGUGCUGCACGGCGACGCGCUCGAGGGCUCGGCCAGCUUCGGCGUGACGGCCGUGCUGCCGGUGGCGGAGAGCUUCUCGUUCGCCCCGGAGAUGCUGAAGCAGACCUCGGGGCUGGCCAGCCCGCAGCUGGUGUUCAGCCACUGGGAGGUGCUGGACGUGGACCCCUUCUGGGCCCCCACCACCGAGGAGGAGUACCUGCACUUCGGGGAGAAGGCGGACAGCGGCAACCGCGCGCGCCGCUACGUGGAGGCGGUGCGUCGCAGGAAGGGGCUCAGCGUGGAGGCCAAGAUCGUGGAGUUCGCGGAGAAGCAGCGGACGCUCUCCAGGAAGAAGUGAGGUCCACACGCCAUCGUACGCCUGGUCCAUUUGCAACUUAAUACCCCUUCCGUGAACAUUUUUUUUAUGAUACAGUAAUUUGCGUUUCAGCAUAAUCAAAAAAAAAAUUAAUUUUAAAUAUUUAUUUUGAUAUUUUACAUUUAUUGCAAAAGCAAGAUUUAUCCUCUGGGUGUUUGAGCUUGAACAUUAAAAUGGCUGAUUAAUUGAUUGCUAAUACUUUUCAAGAAGUCUAAUUCCAAAAAAAUUAUGUAAUCUGGAGUCACCCUCCUAAUUUAACUUUGUAUUAGUGAUGGGCAAAAUGGAUAAAUGUGUCACACUUUCUUAUUAUAUAGUGUUUCUUCAAUUCUUGAGUUGGAAAAUCCAUUUACAUUUCUUCCACCAUUUUAUUGUUUGCUGGAUACUGGACUAUUUGAUUAGGUAAUGAAAAUACAUGUGAAAUAAUUUGAAAUAUCUGUAAAUGAUUUAAAAGAGAGACUUUUUUUUUUCCAAUAUUUUUAAUGUUUAUGAAAUUAAAUAAUGCAAUAAAAAAUGUAGUUAUCUAGUCUAUCAACAAUCAAAAUACAAACAUAAUAAAUAAAUAAAAUCAUAAUAGGUAGCCUUUCAAAGAAAUAUGGUGUGAAGAGUAUUCACAAGACUAUUUAUUUCAUGCCUGACUCAAAAUUUUACUCUGCAGAAACUCUUAUCCCAACAACCUAAUUAUGUAAAUUUUGCUCACCAAUUUAUGCAUGAAUUCUCGGUUGAAUAUUAUAUUUAUUGACUUUUGAAGAUAUAAAUUAUUGCUAGCACACUUUUUAAUAGGUUGCUAAAGCCUAAUCAAUUUUCCCAAAUUUUAAAACAGUUAAAGUUGUAAAAAGGUUAUUGCAAAAUACUUUUAACAUUUGGAAUACACACAUUUGGAAAACCAUUUAUUUCUGGUAUUUCAAAGGAACCACCAUGCAGAUCGAAUUGAAUAAUGACACAAACUUCUUUAAGAGAGAAGUUACCUAGAUCUUAUUUUUGUCGGUUGUUUUUCUAGCUAUUUUUAUCAUACUAUUUCUUUUAAGUGUAGGAAAGUAAGUGCGUGUAUUUACGGCAAGAACAAUAAUGAACUGGCUUCUAGACUUAAAAAAAAUUUAGAAUAAAAAAAAAUCAUAUAUCAAGCAUUUUGUUUUCAUUGAGAUGUUCUUCAAACUUUGUUUCUCAGAUUUUGAGUGUGUCAUUUGACUUCUCUCCUGUGAAUUAGUGUAAUAACUUAUUCAACUCAAUUAGUUUUGCCCAUCACUCAUUACUUAAGUUUGAAUGUGGCAUGACGACUGAUUCUGAAGGUGGUAUUGGAAAGGGUUCCAGGAGACAGGAGACAGAAAGGAGUUUACGUAGCGAUUGAGGCUACGUCUCCUUGCCACGGGGCUGAUCCCCAGUUGCAAGAAUUUCGAGGUUUCAAGUAAAGCCACAUGUUUGAAUCCAGCAAAAAUUUGGCAAAUUAUAUAGUGUGCGAUUGACCAACUUGGCCAAAAAUGUUUUUAUUUUAAAUUUUGUUUAAUGCAUUUUCUGCUACAUACUGUAUGGUUUCUGGGCUUGUUUGAUAAACUACUGUGUGGGAGUUUUUAGUAGCAAUGUGUUAGUUUUCUAUUCAUAAAACUGCUGUGAAUCAUUUCUAAGAAAAAUUAUAUAUAUAUUUUUUUAUAAUUUUGAAAUUUUUAAAGUUAUACAUCUCCCAUCUGAGUACAUUGUACUGAUUUAUGAGUAAUGGAAAUCAGUUGUUUUAAUAUAAUAUUUUUUAUACCUAUGUAGGGAGAAGAUUUUAGAGUGUAUUUUGUUAAAAAUGAAAUACCGUCUUUGUUGGUGUCAUUAAACCAUUUAACAUCAAAAUGCAGUUCAUUGUGAAAUAAAAUACACUGUAAAAUAUUUUUUUCCUCGCAUUACUAAAGUGUUGCUCUUUUGCAUUACAAAUUUAAUAAUAAACAUUUUGAAAUCUUGUUGGUUGAAUAUUGCAGCUCUUUAAUUAAUUAACAUUUAUAAAAAUAAAACCAGUAACACUAAAAUUUUAUAUUUUAAAUAAUGAAAUUUUGCUUAAAACUAUUAACCCGUCAUUGGGUGCUGCCUCUUCCCCUCUUCUAGCCGAGGCUAAAAAUUUCAUUGGCCAACACUUGAAUAGGUUGCGACGAAUAUUGGAUUGUUGCGGAAAUAGUAGAACAUAAAUGUAAUGUGUUAAAAUAUGAAGGCAGAAAUAUGAAUUUCUACUAUAUAAAUGUCCUUUGCACUUAACUCUGUGUUGAGUCUUGGCUGUUGAAUGUUGAAUGGAUUGAGUCUUGGCUGUUGAAUGCAGUUGUCCCAACCUUUGGGAACAUUAACAUUUGGAUGUCACCUGCCGAGGGAAAAAAAAAUUUUUUAGUCGCACUGCAGGAUUGUGUAGGAAACAUUUUACAGUAAGCAAAUGAGUGUUUCCAUUUGCUGUGUUCAGCUCUUUAACACAUUUUUAUUAGUAAUUUUGCAAUUUUUUCUGGAGUAAGUUUAUAUGAUGACAUGCUGUAGUAAAAUUGGUAGCCUAUGUAAACUGUACUUAUAAUUAUUACAUGUCAAAAUAAAUCUGUCAACGUUUUCUCUGUAUUAAAUUUUGGCAAUUCCAUGCAAUUUUUUAGACGUAAACAUACGUGACUAAAAAUGUUUUGCACCAUCCCGUAAUCUUGUAUGUUUCAUACGUCUGAUUUUAAGAUUUUCUGACUUUGUUUUGUUCAGUAAAGGGCAUAUGUGCUUCUGAUUUUUUUUGUCAUUGUUUGACAUGCUUGCUCAGAAAUCCGCUGGUGCAACACUUAUUGUGAGUGGUAUAUGUAUAUUGGUUACUUCUUGGUGGAAAGAAAAUUUGGGUAGCAGGCAUUGAUUUGCUCCGUUAAAUAUGACUGAUUAAAAUUGCAUUGUGUUUGUGAUGGAUUUGAUUGUGAACCACAGUUUAUUUCUUAAUAGCUAUGCACUUGGGGAAUGUUCAGUGUGACAUAUGCUACAAGAAAACAGCUCAAACUAGUAACCUGGCAUCACUUUGUACUAUCACUAUCAGUAAAAACAUAUUUUCUCUUACUUCUGUUCAUGUAGGCCUAUUUAUAGUGUAUCAGUGAAAUGAACUUUUACCUCUGUAAGUGCAGUAGGGAUUUUUCUUUGUUAUUGAAUUCGAAGUAUCCUUUGAAACCAACAAUGGUGAUUUCAAGUGUCCUUUGUAAGAUAUAGUGUUGUUUUUUAUGGAGUUGGUAAUAUUUUGUUAAUAAAAUGUGUAUUUAUUAUAAA